CCCGGCUCGGAGUUCAUCAGUGCAUUGACUUACAUUUUAGGAAAUGGUGAAAGAAACGCGUUGACACAAAAGGACCUGAAAAUCACAGCAGAGCCAGAGAGUAAAGAAGAAGAAGACACCAGAUUUAAUCACAUCAUGCAUCUGCAGAGAUGGCGUCCACAUUCUUUGAUGUGCCGUGUGUUUGUCCAGAAAAACACAAACUGACACAUGCAUGCGCACAGAGCACAUCGUCGUCGUGUUUCCCUGAACGCUGUGCCUCUGGGUAAAGAGGAGGCAGAACCUUAAUCCCUUUGUGUUCUCCUUCCUCCGCUCUAAUAGUUGUGCAAUGGAUCGGCCUCUUCUGGGCCGACUGUCGGCCCGAGGCUGCUGCUGCUGCUCCUUCAGCACGCUGAAGGCCUGGCUGCCGAUCCUCUCCUGGCUGCCCAGGUACAAGCUGAAGUGGCUUCAGAUGGAUCUGCUCGCAGGCCUCACCGUCGGGCUGACGACUGUACCGCAGGCGCUGGCUUACGCUGAGGUAGCCGGCCUCCCCGUGCAGUACGGACUCUACUCUGCCUUCAUGGGGGGCUUCAUCUACACGCUCCUGGGGACGUCUAAGGAUGUGACACUGGGUCCCACGGCCAUCAUGUCCCUGCUGUGUUUCUCCGUGGUGGGGGGGCAGCCACACCGAGCCGUGCUGCUCACGCUGCUCUGUGGACUCAUCCAGGCGGGAAUGGCAUUACUGAGAUUAGGUUUCCUGCUGGACUUCAUCUCUUUCCCUGUUAUAAAAGGCUUCACUUGUGCUGCUGCGGUAACCAUUGGCUUCGGCCAGGUCAAGAAUAUUCUGGGGCUCCAGGGCAUUCCUCACGAGUUCUUCCUGGAGGUUUACUACACCUUCUACAAGAUCCCAGAGGCCAGGAUCGGUGAUGCGGUGCUGGGCCUGCUUUGUGUCGCUCUGCUGGUCAUGUUGUCGUUCAUGAAGACGAGCCUGGGCUCUGAGGACGCCCCCACCUGCUCCAGAGUCGCCAGGAAACUAGUGUGGACUGUUGCUACCAUGCGUAACGCUCUUGUGGUCGUGGCCGCAUCCUUCGUAGCGUUUUCCUGGAAUGCUUACGGUUAUCCCGUGUUUACGGUCACCGGGGAGACUUCCCGGGGGCUCCCGCCGUUCAGACCUCCACCCACCUCGGACACCACAGCCAACGGCACCGUCGUCUCCUUUGGAGAGAUAGUUGAGGGCUUUGGAGGAGCGCUCGCUGUGAUUCCCUUCAUGGGUCUGUUGGAAAGCAUUGCUAUUGCUAAAGCUUUUGCCAGUCAGAACGACUACAGAAUUGAUGCCAACCAAGAGCUGCUGGCAAUUGGUUUGACCAACAUCAUGGGCUCCUUUGUGUCAGCCUACCCCGUCACUGGCAGCUUCGGGAGGACAGCAGUGAACUCCCAGACUGGUGUUUGCACUCCGGCUGGAGGGAUCGUAACCGGUGUGAUCGUGUUGCUUUCCCUGGCGUUCCUCAUGCCGGCCUUCUACUACAUCCCCAAAGCCUGUCUAGCUGCUGUUAUCAUCUGCGCGGUAGCUCCCAUGGUGGAUUAUCGUGUUGUCGCCAAGAUGUGGAAGAUACACAAGCUGGACCUGCUGCCGUUUGUUGUGACGUUCCUGAUGAGCUUCUGGCAGGUGCAGUACGGCAUCGUAGGAGGUGUAGCUGUAUCCGGAGCUCUGCUGCUCUACAACACAGCAAGACCACCGAUAAAGGUGUCUGAUCACGGUGUGCUGGUGAUGGAGUUGGGCAGUGGACUGAGUUUUCCUGCCACAGAGUAUCUCAGUCACAUCAUACACACUCAGGCGCUGCAGGCGUCUCCUCCGCGGUCAGUGGUCCUGGAUUGCCAUCAUGUUAGCGUCAUAGAUUACACAGUGAUCAGCGAGCUCAGGGACCUGCUGAGGCAGUUCAACCUGCGAGAAGUGCAACUGGUCUUUUCCAGAUUGCAGCUCUCUGUUCUGGAGGUUCUCCUAGCAGCUGAUCUGCAGGGCUUCAGGUAUACGGACAGCGUGGAGGCGGCGCUGCAGAUAGAGUCGAAGAGCUUGAACGGUGAUCAGUGACAUUUGUGAUCUGAGAUUAUUGAGCUGGUAUCAAGUUAAAAAGCGAUGAACUACCUCCAACAACUGAUUCACUGGCUGUUAGGUGUACCGCUCAACUUGACUUGAAUCUUCUCUAAGACAACAGCACUACAUUGGACCAGAAGUCUAAUACUGGGUUUUAUAGCAUUUUAUAUUCUUUUGAGGGACAUUAUGCUUUGUGUGUGAAUGAGGAUGUAAUAAUAUUUACUGCAAUGUAUGUAUUUUUGCUAACAGAGCACUCCCUCUGUUACAUAUUAGGGAUAAAUGUGAUCUUCAAGGGACCAAAUCAAAACAACACUUGUGCCACCCGUCAUUAUUUAUUUAACUAUGUAAAAGGAAAUUGGGAUUUGUUUCUCUUAUUUUUAUGUUGGAAAAGAAAAUGGUUUUAAUUGACUCACAAUGACUAAUUGAGUUACAGUGUUAACCCAAAUCAACACAUCUACGAGGAUUUUUACUGAAUAUAAUGUUUACAUUUUCAUAUGAAUUCAAGCGUGUGAAGUCGCCUGAUUGGUCGCAGCAUCAUUUCACGUUGGUGUUGUCAUGGAGGAUUUCUAAUGCCAAAUAUUAGGAGUGAUUCAUCCACAGACGAGCAGCAUUUAGUGAAAGGUUUUCUUGCUCGCAGAGGUUUCCGGUGAUUUCCACAUCACAAACUAUGAAUCCACAAGGUGGUUUUGAUACACGCGUUAACACCAAGUAAGUCUGAUGCAAAAUCUGACGAGACCGAUACAACACUGGUGGCAUCUACCAAUGCAUGGCCUGAACUACUCUUUGCUUGCAGUAUUUUUAGCUGAAUGGCAACCAACAGAUUUAUGUUAAACAGUAUUUGUUCUUUGCAGAGAUCAGUUUUCACUUAAGUUAAGUAUGUAUCUGUGUGGAAAAAAAAAACAUGAAUUGUAUCAACAUUAAAUAAACGGUACCACAAUAAAAGUACUACAAAUUUCAACACUAAAUUUGCAAAAAGUAACUUAUUUUAGUAGUUUUACAACACCCAUUGUAUGCCGAUGGUAAAGUCCUGGCCGUCAGCGAGCCACAAGCUGGUUUCAAGAGGAUGACGUGUUCUAUUCAUCCAUCACCCCGACCAAGUAAACCAUCAGCUGUUUGUCCACUUUUAGUGAUUAAUAACCAGGAUGUUACGUCACUGGGGAAAGUUGUGGAUUUUCAGGACUACUAUGAGGUAACUUUGAGGAACUGUGUCAGUAAAGCUGUUCAUGUCUUCUUUGGAAUGUUAAGAUAGGAAAAAACAUGUCUAUUUAUGACAACGCUCCAAAUAUCCAUCAAGUUCAACUGUUUUGUUCUUUACAUUUGUUUUUGAUUAUUUGACGUCUUAAAGUGUUGGAGCUUUCUGAUCGACGUCUCUGCCUGUGUGACUGAAGGAUGUAUAUUUGAGUAAGGCUUUCUAUCCGAACAAUGCCCCACUUUUCAAAGAAACGUUUGAAUCUCUUUGUAGAAUACUUUACUUC